AUGCUGCUUGUAGCAGCGGUGUUGAAGGGUGUUCUCUCCGGCUUUCGGGAGACCGGUACUGACAAGGUCCCCGAUCUUACCGCUGAACAGUGCAGGACCCACUUCGCCAAUCUACAGAAAUCGGUUGACAAACUGCUCGACAUUCCGGAGCGCCGCGAAGAGCUCGAAGACAUGUUGGAGCAAUGGGCUAGGAUAGGCAUGGGUGACUAUGACGAGUAUGCGGAUGGGAGUGUGGCAGACAGCGACGCGGAGGACGUCAACAUAAUUCUUUAG